AUGGGCAAAUAUACUUUCACCUGGGAACAUUCCGCCAAUGAGGUCUACGUGACUGGCACCUUUGACGACUGGAGGAAGACAGUCAAGCUCGAAAAGGCAGAGGAUGGCGUCUUCAAAAAGACUGUCGAGCUGCCUCAAGUCCACACUCAGUACAAGUUUGUCGUAAAUGGCAACUGGUGUACCAAUGACAGCGCGCGCAAAGAAGACGACGGCCACGGCAUAAUCAACAACGUCCUCUACCCCGAAGACAUCGUCGACGAGGAGCCCGUCAGCACCAUGUCUUCUGCUGCGCCCGAGUCGACAACCGCUGCGCUUGCGGGCGAGGUGCCCAAGGAGAGCGAGAAGAACACCUCAAACUCUUCCCUGCCUGGCGCUUUCCCCGAGACACCAUUCGCAGAGACUCCCGGCAGUGAACCGCAGACUUUCAACGUCGCCCCCAUCCCCACUACUUCUGGUCUCGGCAACCCCAUCAAGUUGGCGCCUGGCGAGCCUGUCCCCGAGGCAAGCACCCUGACAGAGAACACGGUCGACUCGACUGUCAAGCCUGAGCCUGAAAAGGAGGCAGAGACAUUCGGCGUUGCGCCUAUCCCAGCUACUGCUGGCGCGGGAAACCCAAUCCACCUUGAGCCUGGCGAGAAGGUGCCUGAUGCGAGCACCCUCACCUCCAACACUGUCGAGAGCACUGUCAACACUGAUGCCUCUUCCUACGAGAAGUCGGAUGCCCUCCCCCCUCUUGCAUUCACUCCCCAAGCCGAGCGCGAUGCCAAGGGUGGUAUGUUCGGCAUCCCACCCGUCAUGGGCACCAUGAUCCCCGAGUCCAGCCUGCCAAUGGGCGUUGAUGCAAAGGUUGAGCAGGACACCGGCGUCACCAUCCAGUCGUCUGCCCCUGAGAGCACGACUGCCCAACUCGCUGCCCAGGUUCCCCUGGAGCCCCGUGCCGUUCCCGAGACUGUGACAGAGAGCCAAAAAGAAGCUCACGUUGACCCCGAGGCGUCCGCCAACGUAGACGCUGUCCAGGACAAGAAGGAAGUCGAGCAAGAGCUCAAGGAGACGGUUCCCGAGGCGCCUGUCACAAGCCAAGACGCUACCAUCACCGACAACGCUGGUGCUGCGGCUGCUACCGCGGCUGCUGCUGCUACUGCAGGUGCGGGCGCUUUUGCCGCUGCCAUCUACGCUGCCAAGGACAAGGCUGCCGAGGCUACUGGUAUGAACGGUGCCAUGAACGGCCCAAGCACAUCUACUGCGGACGAGGUGCCUUCAGUAGUCGCCGAGAGCCAGAACGUUAGCCAUGCUGAGCCAGAGGCGGCAGCUAGCCCCGAGGUUGUUGCAGAGAAGUCGGCCAUGGAGCAGGAAUUGCUCAGCGAGGUCCCCAAGACCAACGAGACCGGCUCGCCAGCUCCGGCCAUUGCCGUCCCCGCUGUUGUCUCUGACAGCCAGAACGAGGCGCACGUAAGCCCCGAGGCAGCCUCCAACCCAGAGGCCGUCGCCGAGAAGAAGGCUAUGGAGUCUGAGCUACUGAGUGAGAUUCCCAAGGCCAACGAGGCAGGCGAACCCGCGCCGGCAGUCACAGCUGCGACCACAGAGACUGCUCCUCUCGCUACUUCAGAGGCCGUUGCUCCUGAGGUCCCAGAGGUUGUUGCCGAGAGCCAACACGAGGCACACGCUAGCCCCGAGGCGGCUGCCAACAGUGAAGCCGUCACAGAGAAGGCUGCCGUAGAGUCUGAGCUGCUCGAGAAGCUUCCCAAGUCUGAGGAAGCCGGUGAGCCAGCGCCUGUCACCACCGCUGCAACCACGGAGACUGCUCCUGCUGCGGCCACCGAGGCCGCUGCCAGCGAAGUACCCGAGGUCGUAGCAGAGAGCCAGAAAGAGGCUCAUGCCAGCCCAGAGGCUGCUGCUAAUGCCGAGGCCGUUGAGGACAAGAGGGCUAUGGAGACUGAACUUCUCAACGAGGUCAAGUCUGUCGAGGCUACCGGUGAGCCAGCUCCCAGUGCUGCCGUUGUGGGUAGCCAGGACGCUGCUGGUCUCUCUGAUGAGGCACUCGUCGACUCCAAGCCCCUCAAGUCUUCCAGUGAGCCAGAUGCUCUUAACGCGCCUGCAUCAGAGCCUGCUCAGCUGCCAACUUCCAAGCCCAUCGACUCCACCACCGAUGUUGAUUUCGGCAAGGCAAAGGAGCCAACUACCACUGAGCAAACCCAGCCCACCGUCACUACUGGUGUAGAGACUACCAACACAGAGGCCACCACCUCGGCACCGUCUGCACAGCUGUCACCAGAGGCCCCCAAGCACGACCCAAGGAGAGACUCGAACAUCUCUCCCAAGGGCACUCCUGGUAGCCAGAGCAUCGUCUCAGGCACCGACGACAAGAAGAAGAAGCGUCGCUCAUUCUUCGGCAAGCUCAAGGACAAGCUGUCCAGCAAGCAUUAGAUGGAUCGUCGUUUCCAUCUCCGCAUGUCUAGGCCAUCUCUCCCCUUGAGAUGGUCUUUUUGGCUUGGUAAUACCCGGGGGACCCGUGCGCCGUGUGUGCUCUUCCCCUUCCUACAUAUUCAUUGUUCGUCACGGAGUUUGUGCCUUUUGGUCUAUACCAUUUUCCUUUUGUGUGACAUGUUCCGUAGCAAAUCUGUUGCG